UGCUGGGUGCAUGCUGUGUAAUGUAUUACCCCCGGGUGACGCCUCUGAUACGGACACCUUCUGCAUCAACAGCUAGUCUUACCAUACUGUCCCUUUAACCUGAGACACAUAUGAAUUACACAGGUUCUGGGGCUGGCUGACUACAAGCCUGCAUUUCACCUGGUUUUAUGGAUGAGCGCAGAAUCCCUACUUGCUCAGUACAGUAGCUGGUUACUCGGUGCCUCUACUCUGUAUGGUUGUGCACCGUGCACAGACCUGGAGCUAAUGACCCGGCUGAGACAGAGUAUUCUGGAAGACCCGGACUUACACAGCUCUCUCCACAGUGACGCCUUCAUCUUGAUUGCCAGUGGCCUCCAGAACAAAGCAGACUUGCUCCCAGCCUUGAAUGAUCUGGCUGACGCCUUUCAGACUCUUGAGCAGGCCGCACUCCAUCUUUAUCUUACUCCAUGGAGGAAAGAGUUUCAUACUAUAAAGACAUACUCUGGGCAUUACGUACACGUGCUGGAAGCAGCCCUCCCUCAGGACGCAAUUUACUUUGCUCUCAGUAAGUUAGGGUAUGAACCCCAGGAAUAUGGGGUGUGCCUAGCGGUACAGGUCCAGCCUGCCCCACACACCCUCCUAGUAGCCGCCUUGGGCUUUGUGGCUGCUCAGCUGGAGUGCCGCAUCCUAGCCGACAUCGUCUUAUGCUCAGAAUCCCCACUGGUGUCUGGGACGGACCUCAUGCGUGAGAGGAGGAGCUGGCGAGGUGAAGCUGACUGUAUAGAGAGGUUGAGGAAACUGACCGUACAGGCCCCAAAGUCCCCGGCGACUCUGGAUAUUUACCAAAGUGAUUGCAGAGAUUCCAGCGGUGACGCUCCUUUGUUCCGUCCAGAGUCCUGCGACCAGUGUCAUGAACGUUGGGAUCGGCAUGCAAAUGGGUGCUGCAGAACGGUGGCGGAGCGCCUUGUUCAUACGAAGCCCCCCGGAAAUCUUCAGCCCGUGGAUGACCGCCCAGACUACAUCCCAGGGCCGCCGGUGGAGUUCACCAUGCAUGACUGCGUGUUCAUUGAAAAGACCCUUCAGCUGCGCUGCGCAGACUGUCACGCGUUUCACAGCUCCUCUUGCUCCAUUGUCAGGGGGUGCAAGGACUUUGGACAUCGGGUAACCCAACUGACCGCAUCGGAGAAGUUAGAAGCUGUGAGGGAAGAGGAGGAGAAGAAACACCAGCUGCACGUCUGCCUACAGCCAGGGCAGCUGCCCCAUUACCGGUGCGGCCAGUGCAGACAGCUCCAUUACAUAAAGUGCCCGAGACUCUUAGAGUGCUGUCGUCAGGGCCACCACGCCAACAUGAUCAUGCUGGAGAAAGAUCAGCGUCUGUGGUUACAACGCAGCCUGGUGGACACGGCGCUGCUUAGUAAGGACUGCUGAUAGCGAGGGCUGUGCAGAAUGCGUUUCUCUUUAUUGAAGCCGGUCACCAGAUCACAGUACGGAUGACGCACACUAGUGGGUGACAAUAAAGACGUAUGUUAUGCAAGCAAUGUUUCCUGGUUGAUCAGCUGACUUCCUGCUCAGACACCACAAGUGUACGAGUAGUUGUACCUUCUUCCCACUUCUUUCUCCGCUGUCCUAUGUUUGCUGCUUAGAAACGCACAGAAACAUUCUGGGUGCAUUUUACGCGGGUGAUUAUCUGCUGGGGAAACCGCUUCCUCACACCGGGUUCAGUAUGAUUUACCGACGGUCAUAAUCCCAACAGCCACUGACCUAGUCAAAAUACGGACAAUCAUUAUGCCGACAUGUUCAAAAUGCCGACAUAGGUAUAUUCAAUUAGUGUCGGAUUCUCUCCGACACUGCACUAUUCAAUUUGCGGACAUUCCCCGACAGGUUUUUGCCCAUUUUCAACAAUGC